AUGUACCCGUCCUGGGGCCGCUAUGGUGGGGGAGGGGCGCACUACCCCUAUUAUGGCGGAGGAGGGGUGGGCGCUCACCCGCCGCUCCCCCCUGGGCCCCGAGUCCCAGCCCCGGCUGUCGCCGCCGUCGCCGCCACCCCGAGCCCAGCCGUCGCCCCGCCACCGACCCCCGGCGCCGGCCUCGCGGCCUCCAACUUCCAGACGCUGAGGCAGCAGCACCUGCAGCAGAUGCAGCAGCUCCAACAGAUGCACCAGCAGCAGAUGCAGUCGGUGCUGCAACACCCAGCACACCAGCCCCCGCCGCCUCUGCCACCGCCUCCACCGCCAGCGGCUCUGCAGCUCCAGCCCCCGCCGCCUCAGGGCAGCUGGGAGAGCAGCGGCCCCCCGCAGCCCGGCCAGGCCACUCACAACAACACUCAGCAACACCCUGACUUCCCGCUGCCUUUACAGCCAGCAACAGGGAACACUAUGACAUCACCUGGUGACAAAAAGGUUCCUAAUGAUCUCUCCAAAACAAUAAAUGGUUCCUAUCAGCAACAACAGCAGUUUUGGUAUCAACAGCAUCUACAAAUCUUACAAAAGCAUGGAAGCAAGCAGUUUGGAGCCCAUCAGGAAAUUAGCCAGAGUUUAGAAACAAACCAGAUCAGUGACUCUCUGCUGCACAAACAGGGAGAAGCCAAGGCCUUGUACACUUCUCAGCCACCUUUGCCCCCAGCUGCAGCACAUGAGGGCCCCAGAACAGAACCUCCACCCCCACCACCUAAAGAUGAUUUACCCCCACCUCCGCCUCCUGAAGAAUCAAAGCCUAGCAUCCAACCUCCAGAGAACCCAGAGGAGGCAGAGAGACUGAAGCAGCUACAGGCUGCAGCAGCUCAAUGGCAACAACAUCGAAUUGAGUAUCAACACCAGAAUAUGAUGCAACAUCACAACCAACUUCAACAACUUCUGCAACAAUAUCAGCAGUUGAUGCAGCAAAUACAACACACACAGUCUAUGCCUCUGGACAUGCAGCUGAGACACUUGGAGAUCCAGCAGCAGCAGUUCAUCCCCCUUUACCAAGAGUGGCAGAGGCAGUUCCAGAUCUGGAAGGUACAACUGCAAACCUAUCCAAACAAGAAUCAACUCCAACAGCAUGAAACCCAGUGGAGUCAAUGGCAAGAACAAAUGGCAUCAACAAGUCAUCACCUCCAGGAAAGGAUGGAUGCUCUAAGAAAUGUUCAACAGCAAUAUAUAAACAGUCAAUCCCAAAGUUACACAUCGAGAGGACCACCACCUUCAGGGCCACCUAUCCCCCCGCUCCCAACCAUGGCUGCCACCUACACAAGCAAUCACUGGUUCUUCUGUCCUCCCAUCAAGCUUGUCAGUCAUCCCUAUUUCUUCAGCUCAGACUUCUGCUCAGAAGAGUCCAUCAUUAUCCCAGGCUCCAUCAUCGCCUUCAUCUCAGGCCACUUCUCCAUCAUCAAAAGCCCUUCUAUCAUCCCAGGACCCUCCCACUUCAUCCCAGGACCCUCCCCUUCAUCCCAGCGCCCUCCUCCUUCAUCGCAGGACCCUCACCCAUCAACUCAGGACCCUCCGCCAUCAACUCAGGACCAACCACCAUCAUCCCAGGACCCACCCCUGUCAACCCAGGUCCCACCCCUGUCAACCCAGAUCCCUCCUCUGUCAACUCAGAUUCCUCCCCCGACUGUCCAGUUUCCUCCGCCAACUGCUCACUUCCCCCCACCAGCUUCCCACUUCCCACCACCGGCUUCACACUUCCCGCCACCGAGUUCCCACUUCCCGCCCCCACCUUCCCACUUCCCACCUCCGUCUUCCCACUUCCCACCUCCGUCUUCUCACUUCCCCCCACCAGAUUCCCUUUUCCCCCCGCCAUCUUCCCAUUUCCCGCCACCAUCUUCCCACUUCCCACCACCAUCUGCUCACUUCCCACCACCGUCCUCUCAGUUUCCCCCACAUGUCGCCCAGGUGCCUCCGCCAGCUUCUAAGCCCCUUCUGCCAGUGCCCCAGGCCACACCUCUGGUCUCCAAAGCUCCUCCCCUGACCGCCAAGGCUCCUCCCCCAGCCUCCAAGGCUCCUCCCUUGGCUCCAUCGUCAGCUGCUCUGUCACCUUCGGUUUCCCUGACCUCUCAGGCUGCCCCUGCUCCUUCCCAGGCUGCCUCUACAGCUCCUCAAGUUCCUCCCUUGGCUGCACAGGCUCCUCCUCUGACUCCUGCAUUAGCCACAGAUCAGAAAAGGCCCUUGAUGCCAUCACCACAUCCAGAAGUAAACUUGGCUUCAGGUAGCACUACAUCUGAUGGUCACUUUGAACCACAUGGGUUAAGGCCAUCAGGACAGUCGCAGGGUGGACCACGAUUUGAAGGCCCACGGGGCCCAAGGAAGGAUGGACCGGGCGGGAGAGGAACAUACAGAUUUAAUGGACCAGGGGCAAGGGAACGUCCUCAUUCUCGAUUUGAUUCCAGGGGACCUAGACAUGAAGGUCAAUAUUUUGAAGAAAUGCCAGCAAGAUUUGAGGAGCAGUCAGCAAGUCAGCGCUUUGAGGAGCAGGCUCCAGAGAAGCAUUUUGACGAGAAGACAGGGAGUCCACAUUUUGAGGGACAAACUCCAGGUCCACGUUUUGAGGGACAUGGCCCAGGUUCGCAUUACGAGGGGAAGGAAUCAGAUCAGGAAUUUGAAGGACAAGAACCAGAUCACCAUUUUGAGGGACGGGAUCCAGAUCAUUGUUUCCCGGGCCGGGGCCGGGGCUUUCAGGGACGAGGACAGAGAUUCCAGGGACGAGGGCAGCGUUUCAGGGGCCGUGGCCAGCGAUUCCAAGGCAGAGGACAGCGAUUUCAGGGGCGAGGGCAGCACUUUGACGGUCAUGGCCGUGGGCAGCGGGUUGAAGACCAUAAUCGGGGCCCCCACUUUGAGGAGCAUGGAGAGAGCCCGGGCUUUGAGGGCCACAGUCCGGGUCAUGGCUUUGAGGAGCGUGGCCGAGGUCAGCGCUUUGAGCAAGGUUGGCACCAAGGCUUUGAGGAGCAGGACCAAGGACAACACUUUGAAGGUCGUGGCCGUGGCCAUCGCUUUGAGGAGCACGGCUGGGGUCAGCGCUUUGACGAGCACAGUCGGGGCCACCAUUUUGAUGAUCAUGGAAGAGGCCAACGCUUUGAGGCUCACGGUCGUGGGCAGUGCUUCGAGGAUCAUGGUCGAGGCCACCGCUUUGACAAUCACGGUCGAGGUCGCCGCUUUGAGGAGCAUGGGCGUGGGCAGAACUUUGAGGAACAGGAUCGAGGCCAGCGCUUUGAGGGCCAACACAGUGAAGAUCCAGGUAUUGAUGAGCGUUUUGAGGAGCAGUGCCCAGGAGAACGUUUCGAAGAGCCUGAUCGGGGGCAGCAAUGUGAGGGGCGUGGCAGAGGCCAGCGUUUUGAGGGACCCGGUAGUAGAUUUCCAGGAACUAGCUCAAGAUUUGAAGGCCCUAGAACGAGAUUUGACGGACCAAAAGGGCAUCGAUUCAGUGGUCCUCGAGGGCAUAGUCCACAUGUUGAAGGCCCCCAAGCUUCAGCCGCACAGAGAGGACAGGGUGUGAGAGGACUUCAACCUGCUUCAGGACAACCUGAGCAGGACAUUAAACCCGUUGAGGAAAAGAAGCUUGAGACAGCAACUGGGGACAAAAAUUCUGAACCGAGUGAAGAUAAAGUGCCUCAGACAUCAGUGGAGCAAAAAGUCAAAGAAAAGGCAGUCCAAGGAAACGUUGAAAAAAGUUCUGAUUCCUCUUCUGUCAACAAGGAUUUGCUGAAAAAAAGUACCGACCCAUCUAAAUCCCAGGUUGUCCACCAGAAGGUGGACAGUUCUGAGGUGGCACAGCCUUCAACAACUGUAGUUCAAGAGCAAACGGUGGAGCCAGCUGUGCAAAGUUCAUCUAAAAUUCAGUCUUCCACUGCGUCACCUGCCACUACAGUAACUACAAAGGUAAUAUCGGAUAAAUCUGAGCCAAAGACUGUUACCACAUCCAAAAGGUUUGAAUCAAAACCAGGGCGUUCCGUUAAUGAUCGAGAGAAAAGCCAGGAUCACAGGCAACAUGGGGGCAGGGACCAUCCCCCUGGGCAUAAAGGUGAUGUGGACAGUAACGUAGAUGCUAUGGGCAAACGACCCCCAUUACAUCACCGGGGGAACUGCAAGGACAUUGGUGGCAGGAAGAAGGCAGAUCGGCAGAUGAUCGUUUUGGGGGACCCAGAGAGAGUGCACCAUAUGACAGAGAGAGGCCUCUAUCCUGGGAAAGAGGGAAUCGGAGAGACACCGGCCCCGAGUUUUGGGAAGAAAGGGACACAUUUAGGAGGGAAGAACGGUUGCAUGGUCGACGCCCACCUCUGCCCCAUGAGUUUAGACAGGAGGGAGAUGCGGCCUUCACUUGCAGGCGAUGAUUUUGACCAAGGCUUUGACCAUGAAUGUGAUCGAAUUGGAAGGCCAUAUGAGCAUGGGUUUGGCAGAGAUCGUGAUCACGAUCGAGAAUAUUUCCACAGACACAGAGAGGAAUGGGACAUGCGUGAUCAUGGGAGAGAGUUUCCCCCAUUAUGUCCACCUCCCGACAGAUGGAGAGAGGAAGGGUGGAGAGAUGAUAAUGAACGGGGUUACCACCAUGAAAGAGAAAGGGAACCUUGGGGGAGGGAUACUACAGAAAAAUCAGACUGGAGGAGAGAUGAACGAGAUUAUCCUCCAGAUAGAGGUGGGUGGCAGAGAGAGCGGAUAGAUGAGAGAAGGUUUCCAGACACAGAGGACAGGCGGUUUGAUGAUUUGCGUGAGCUGCCACCACCGUCAGUUCCAGUUCAAUCAUCUGGUUUACCUGAGGAGCCACCGCGAUCUUUCUCUGAUAAACCUGGAGUGGACCAGCACUCUGGUGGGCAAAAUAUAGUAGCACUGUCCGAGCGAGAGCAUGAAAUCAUCUUGAAGGCAGCACAGGAACUAAAAUUAUUGAGAGAGUUGCAAGAGAUUGAGAGAGUGCCACUGCUGCCUGGAGAAACAGAUACAGGAGGGCAUCCUCGCAGAAUUCAGGAUUAUCAGAACACUACAGCUGGUAAAGACUUUUAUCAGGAUAUGCCGAGCACUGAGAAACUGGGCCCCGUCCAAUCACAACCUGCAAUUAAGUCUGAACGCUGGGACACCGACACAUUCCAUGGCCUGUGGGAUUCUGGGACUGAGCCCAAGGUUCCUGAACCUAAAUAUGGCUACAAUGAGCCCUCACCAGUGUCCACUCCAACUCUGAACAAACCACCUCCUAUUCAGCAGACUGUUGACUAUGGGCAUGGGCGUGAUGUUGGAAGAAUUGAACAGAUCCCCUAUGGAGAACGAGUUCCACUUGGUCCUGAGCCAUUGCGCGACAGGUUAUAUGACAAAGAUCCGCUAGGCCCACGAGAUCGUUAUGGAGACAGAGACCCAUUCUUAGAACGAAGAGGAGAUCCUUAUUUGGACCGAAGAGACUAUGAUAGAGAGCGGGAUGUAUUUCGGGAGCGAUCAAUCGGAGAUUAUGAUAGAGAAGGAUUUGAAAGAGAACGGUUUGGGCGAGAAGAAAGGAUGUCUCACCUCCCAUCUGGCCGGUCAGGUGGUUAUCACAAUUACCAGGACAGCAAAGACCCUUUCAACCGAGGGGGUUUUGACCGACCUCUGUUUGACCGCUUACCUGAUCGAUCACCUUUCGAUCAUCCAUCUAGUGGUUUUGGAGGUGAGAGAAGAGGUUUCUCUGAUGAGAGGAUACCUCCUUCUGCUCCUCCUCCAUCACAUCCACCACCACGUGUUGAAAGGAAGCCAGAGAGCAAAAAUGUUGACGAUAUUCUCAAAAUGCCAGGCAGACAGAGCCGGCCAGAUCGAAUUGUUGUGAUUAUGCGUGGACUUCCAGGCAGUGGGAAGACUCAUGUAGCUAAACUCAUUCGAGAUAAGGAAGUGGAGUAUGGCGGAGCAGCACCACGAGUCCUCAGUUUGGAUGAUUACUUUAUGACUGAAGUAGAAAAAGUAGUGAAGGAUCCAGACAGUGGCAAACGUGUCAAAAAGAAGCUUCUGGAGUAUGAAUACGAGCCAGAGAUGGAAGAGACCUAUAGGAGCAGCAUGUUCAAAACAUUCCGAAAGACACUCGAUGAUGGGUUCUUCCCCUUCAUCAUUAUAGAUGCUAUUAACAAUAGAGUCAAACACUUUGAGCAGUUCUGGAGUGCAGCAAAAACCAAAGGUUUUGAGGUAUAUAUAGCAGAAAUGAGCGCAGAUAAUCAGACCUGUGCCAAAAGGAACAUUCACGGGCGCAAACUGAAGGAAAUAAACAAGAUGUCUGAUCACUGGGAUUCAACUCCACGACACAUGUUGCGUUUAGAUAUCAGAUCGCUGCUCCAAGAUGCUGCUAUUGAAGAAGUUGAGAUGGAGGAUUUUGACCCAAACAGUGAGCAGCAGCAGCAGCAGCAGCAACAGGAGGAAGAGUCAAAGAAGGAGGCGCCUGAUGAAGAGGAAUAUGAAACGGGUUUCAUCACAAAAAGCAAAUGGGAAAUGGACACUUCGGAAGAAAAUCUAGACAAACUGGAUGGGUUGAGGAGCGGCAACAAACGGAAGCGAGGCUGGCAUGACAGCAUGGCACACCGAUUGGAAGAUUAUCUUCAGCUUCCUGAUGAUUAUAACUCUCGAUCUUCAGAACCUGGGAAAAAACGGGUGAGGUGGGCAGACCUGGAAGAGGAGAAGGAUGCUGAGCGGAAGCGAGCCAUUGGGUUCGUAGUUGGACAAACCGACUGGGAGAAGAUUACAGAUGAAAAGGGUGAAUUGGCCCAGAGAGCAUUGAACCGCACUAAAUAUUUCUAAGGAUNAAAAAAAGUUUCAAUUGUUUUUUACCUUGAGGGUUCCGUGAUAAAGCUUUCAAAAUGCUGAGAUGAGAUCUUUCCUAGAGGAUGGGGGCGGACAAGAAAUUUCAUAGCAUUUUGAGCUUUUGUUCUUUUAAUAUUCCUGUUACACUGAAUGUACGAGCGGGACUAUUAGUGGUCGACUCCUCAUUAGCUGUCUGUGAAAAUAUUUUUUAAAAAAAGUUAAUCGAUAGUGUUAUUAAAACAAAAUGGAAACCACACUAAUUAUAAUCCAGUGUGUCCUGAGCCUGCGAUCAUGGCUUUGCUUCAUCAGCUCGUAUUUUUUAUAUACUGUAUUGUUCCUUUGCUCUGUCCAUGCCAAUUGUAAUUUUAAGGAGCAAUAAAGUUACCUUGAAACCAUG